AUGAAUAUAAAGUAUCUUAAUACUAUAGAAAAGCAUGAUCUAUCUGUAAUACGUAAUUGCGAAUAUUUACGCUACUGGAUAAAUGAUCGUGUAAUUGAGGAACUAAAUGUAACUGAUAAUGAUAAGUACAUAGAAAUAAUUUCUAUGUUUAACGUUGAAUGGAAUAGGAUCAUAGGAACGUUGAAUAAUAGUAAAUAUAAAUGUGAAGCUACCAGUGGACCUCUUGUUUCACUUUCUCUAAAGGACUUCAAAUUUAGGAAAGAUAUGUAUGAUUAUUAUUAUAAUUAUGUAAAUAUUAAAGAGCGGAAAUCAUCUAAUAUAAAUGCUUGUAGUGAGGCGUGUAAAUAUUUGACUUCUAUAUAUAAAAAAUAUGAAACAUUUAAAUCUGAAUGUUCUCCUAGAAACAUUAACAAGUGUGUAUCUAAAUUUGACAAUUUUGGUGAUUAUGAUCCAAAUCAUCUGAUUAAUGAAUUAAAAUGCAAAAGUCAAAGUGAGUGUAAUAGAAAUGAAGAAUUAGUACUUGCUAAAAAUUCAGAAGGGACUCCGAUGGCUGACGUUAAUAUACAAGAUGAAACAGAUGAGAGUAUAACCCAAGUUUCCAUGGAAAAUAGUCACCGUAUGAUUAUUUUAAAUAUAGCUUUACCCGUUUCCGUAUUCUUUCUAUUAUUUCCAAUGUUGUAUAAGGUAAAUAAAUUUGUUAUAUAG